AUGGAGACCUGCCCGUCGGUGAAGAACAUCCUCUUGCUGGACUCCGAGGGGAAGCGCGUCGCCGUGAAGUACUACAGCGAUGACUGGCCUACUCUCUCCGCGAAGCUGGCCUUCGAGAAGUCGGUCUUUGCCAAAACCCAGAAAGCGAAUGCUGGAACGGAAGCUGAGAUUGUAAUGUUUGAUGGUCAAAUUGUGGUAUACAAGUUCAUCCAAGACCUGCGCUUCUUUGUUACUGGAGGAGAAGAGGAGAAUGAGCUUAUUUUAGCAUCAGUUCUUCAGGGAUUCUCUGAUGCUGUCGAGCGACUUCUCAAAAACAUGGUUGACAAAAGGACAGCACUCGAGAAUUUGGACCUGAUCCUAUUGUGUCUUGAUGAAAUUGUUGAUGGAGGGAUUGUACUUGAAACAGAAGGAAGAGAGAUAGCUGAAAAGGUGUCUGGUCAUGGAUUGGAGGGUGCUUCAUCAGCUGAGCAGACUCUAGUCAAUGCCCUAACGCAAGCAAGAGAGCAUUUGGCGAAGUCUCUUCUCAUGUGA